AUGCCCUAUCGUGUGUGGGGAAUGGUGUGCGCCGUGCCAUGCGUCGUUCUGUUGAUCCUUGCCCUCGUCCUCGCCUUCACCGUGAAGCUUCCCGAUGGUGCGCUGACGAUACUGUACACAUUGCUAUUCUCUCGGGGGUCGGCGCGUGCGGGUUCGAGUACGGGAAGGGUCAGUCGGGGGACUGGUGGGCCGAGUUUGAUGCCCUUUGGAUGAUAUUCGGUGAGUUUCGUGUGAGAGGGACAACGCGACGCGAGAGCGGCUGCACGCGGAGACCGAGAGCCGGAUCCACUGCCCAAACGUCGCCAGAUUGAGCGCCGCCGAGACCACCGCCCUCAUCCACCGGUGCCAGCAGGAGUCGGAGCGGCUGAAGCAGCUCAUCGAGGCCGCGAGGGCCGGCCUGGACGAGAAGCUUGCUGAGCUCCCUGCAGUAGGCGAUGAACAGGAAACAAAUGGGUAA